AUGACAUCGUCGCAGAGAUUAUGCCAGCAGCAGCGCCUGCUGGCGCCUCGCCCUUCGCCAGCGGCCCAGAUUCGCACCGGUGGCCGCGCCACCGUCUUUCAGGCGCCACCACCGCUCUACAAACGAGCGAAGAAUCCUCGCAGGCGCGCGGCUGGCAGUUCCGACCCGGCGUCCAUUCUCUGGAGCCACAUAAUCCACGGCCUCCUCCGCCCCAUCUUCCAAUUCUUGGAGAUCGAUCGAAAGUCAUGGCCGGGGCUCGAAAAGGCGGCGGGCUCUUCUCCCGCCAAGGAUCAAGCCGUCACCUUCCUGAAGAUAAUAUCCGAAGAGGAAAGUGAAUCCUCUUCUCAAAGGUCAAAUGAAGAACGAGUGUUGGCAGAAACAAUUGAUUCUAUGGCAACAAAGCUUCAAACUGCUCAAGCUGAAUUAUCCAAGAAGAAGCACGGAAACCAAUAUGCCCGCGAUUCUGAAACGAUGCAUAAAAUUUCUGAAGAUACAACUGGGCAUUCUGAAAACCUUGAAGUCACUAAUUCUAAGACGGCGUUCAAGGAAGAAGAAGAAUUCAAUCAGUCUAAGAAUGAAUAUUCGAUUAUGGGGGGAGUUUCGGUCAAUUACCAGCGGCGAAUGACACUUCUGUUUGAGCUUCUUUCUGCCUGUGUAGCUGAUACACCUCAAGAAAGCAACGGAAGUCCGCAGUUAAAAAAAGGAUAUGAUGCUCGUCUUCGCACUGCUCUAAGAUUGUUGGCAACCUGGCUUGAUGUCGAGUGGAUAAAAGUGGAAGCAAUGGAGAUCAUGGUUGCUUGUUCUGCAAUGGCUCUCUUGAAAGAAGAGGGAGCACAAACAGAUGAAAUUGAAUCAGAGGAUAGCGGAUGGUCUCAAUGGAAACGCAGUGGUAUUAUUGGGGCUGCUGCAUUGACUGGUGGAACUUUGAUGGCCAUCACUGGAGGUUUAGCUGCUCCAGCAAUCGCUGCAGGCUUCAGUGCUAUAGCCCCAACAAUAGGAAGCUUAGUCCCUGUUAUUGUAGCCAGUGCUGCAGGAUCUGCAGCUGGCUCUGUUGCAGUUGCUGCAUCUUUUGGAGCUGCUGGUGCUGGACUUUCUGGAAGCAAAAUGGCUAGAAGAACUGGAAGCGUUGAAGAAUUUGAAUUUAAAGUUCUUGGUGAAAAUCAUAACCAGGGUCGUCUAGCUGUUGGCAUUUUAGUUUCUGGUUUUGUUUCCGAAGAGGAAGAUUUUACCAGACCUUGGGAAGGAACAAAUGAGAACUUGGAGAGCUAUGCGCUUCAGUGGGAAUCAAAAAAUCUUAUUGCAGUGAGCACUGCAAUUCAGGAUUGGCUCAAAUCAAAACUUACAAUGGAAUUGAUGAAGCAAGGUGCCAUGAUGACUAUGUUAGGCACUCUUGUUUCUGCAUUGGCUUGGCCAACUACACUGUUUUCAGCCCUUGAUUUCAUAGAUAGCAAAUGGUCAAUUGCCAUUGAUAGAUCAGAUAAAGCAGGAAUUCUCCUUGCUGAAGUGCUAUCGAAUAAUCUUCAAGGCAACAGACCGGUGACUCUGAUAGGAUUUUCAUUAGGAGCAAGAGUUAUAUUUAAAUGUUUGCAGCAGAUGGCUGAAUCGGGAGAAGAGGGACUCGUAGAAAAGGUUGUUAUUCUAGGUGCGCCAAUCUCUUCCAAAGGUGAUGAAUGGGAGAGUGCUAGAAAGAUAGUUGCAGGGAGAUUUGUGAAUGUUUUCUCAACAAAUGACUGGAUUCUUGGAGUGACUUUCCGUGCAAGUUUACUUACUCAAGGACUGGCUGGCAUUCAGGCCGUGGAAUUACCUGGGAUCGAAAAUGUUGAUGCUAGUCAUCUUAUUGAUGGACACUCUUCAUACCUAUCAGCUAUGCAGACGGUCCUGCAACAACUUGAACUCGACUCUUACUAUCCUGUUAUUUUAUCUGCCCCUGCCGAAUCCAAAGAAGUUCAAGUUGAAUAACCUCUGCAAUUCAAUUUUAUGCAGAACAUUUAAAGAAAUAAUACUUCUAUUCUCAUGUUUGACCCUUUGGACGGACAAGUGGCUUGAACCACAGUUUUGGAAAAUAGUUAGGUCAUGAUAUGCAGUAGUCAAUGUAUAAAAUAUACCAAUGAACCUACAAACUUCUUACUCCAUAAAGAUCAAGGAACAUCACAUGUCCUGUCUCAGUAACUUAUGCAUCUAUGUAUGUUCAUGUUGGAUA